UGUAAAUGUUUGUGAACAGGAGCCUCGUCUGGUCAGUCUGAUGACAAAUCCACACGUGAGCUCUGCAGCAUUUGAACAGCAAGUAACAAGUCCUAACUGAUCAUCAACCUCUCAACAUAGCUAGAAGUCACUUCGCACAUCUAAUUCAAUUUUGCUUUUAUAGCUGCAAGUACCUAACUACAUUUGAUAAGUGAAAACACCUGAAACUCUUCACUUUGGUUCCCUCUUGUAGACCCCCGUGAUAGGAGUCAAACAAGGCCGGCCAUGAGUUUUGUAGAGUAUUCAGAGUUUAUCCAGGAGGGCGACAUUGCAAUUAUCUUCCUGGGUCAUGACUCAAUGAUGCCGGUCAAGGUGCAGCAGGGUGCCCAAACACAAACACGCUACGGAGUCAUCCGCCACUCCAAAGACCUGAUAGGCCAGCGCUUUGGCACCAAGGUCACCUGCAGCAAAGGUGGCUGGGUCUAUGUGCUGCACCCCACUCCUGAGUUGUGGACCCUCAACCUGCCCCACCGCACCCAGAUCCUCUACACAACAGACAUUGCCAACAUCACCAUGAUGCUGGAGCUCAAGCCUGGCUCUGUUGUCUGUGAAUCAGGCACGGGCAGCGGCUCUCUGUCCCACGCCAUCCUGCGCACCAUCGCGCCUACUGGUCACCUACACACUGUGGAGUUCCACCAGCAGCGUGCUGAGAAGGCGGCUGAGGAGUUCAGGGAGCACCGCGUAGGCCACCUGGUCACCGUCCGCAACCAGGACGUCUGCAAGGAGGGCUUUGGAGUGACGGGGGUUGCAGAUGCUGUCUUCCUGGACAUCCCCUCCCCCUGGGAGGCUGUCAAACAUGCCAAGAACGCCAUGAAGAGGCAGGGGGGUCGUGUGUGCUCCUUCUCCCCGUGUAUUGAGCAGGUGCAGAAGACUGUUGAGGCGCUGGCUGAUGAGGGUUUCCAGGAGAUCAGCACUCUAGAGGUUCUGCUGAGGGUGCAUGACGUGCGCACCAUCACACUCCCCUUGCCGGACUUUGGGUCCGACCAGCCCUUGGAGACCCCGACUGACACCCCAGUCCCUAGCAAUGCUUCUGUUCUCUGUAAGACAACCACGCCGCCCAGGGACAUGGCAGGGCACACUGGCUACCUUACCUUCGCCACCAAACCCUCUGUGUAGAGGACUGACUGCUGGAGGUUGGAGUGGGCAGAGACUGUUGUCUAGGAGACUAUGCCUGGGGAACUCCACAAGGUCUAAAUGCAGUGCUGAUGACUUGGGACCUAACCUGACUUGGGUGGAAAACCUGCUCAGACUGAUUUACUGUACUUUCCCUUCCUCUCCACUGCUCAGCUAAAACUCUACAUUUCAGUCGACAGCUGACAUCCUUUUGGAGAGAGACAUGAUUGAGAAAUAGCUGCUGUUUUAGGCUAUUUCCAGUGUCUUUCAUAGACUUUGAUGAAUGUAUACAUACAAACCCACACAUCCCUAACACACUCUAACAGGGAGGGAAGAGCGGGCUAAGUGGGAUUCUAUAAAUAGGCUGCUGAUUGCUUAGGGUCUCUACACAGGGCUGUGAAGAGCUGUCUGAGAGGUUCGCUCUUAGUCUUUCAUGUACAAUCGCUCUAAUCAUGCUACUGAUAUGUUCUUGCAUCAUUCAGGAUUGAAAUAAUAGUAUCUUAUUGUUGCCCAGUUACUCUCUGGAGGACAAUUUUUUUGUUGCAAUUUUUACAUUUGUAGAAUGGUGGGAGAAAUUGUGUUUUGUCUCAGCUGAGGGGGAUGCUGUAACAAGGCUAAAUAAACACCUUACCGUUCUUCCUA